UGCCCAGAGACUGAAGUUCAGGCUGAACCUCUACGAGCUGAAGGAAGGCAGGCAGAUCAAACCGCAGACUUUUAUGAGCAUGGUUUCCAAUCUGCUCUAUGAGAGACGGUUUGGACCUUACUACACCGAACCGGUCAUCGCUGGGCUGGACCCCGUAACGCACGAACCUUUCAUCUGCUCUCUAGACCUGAUCGGCUGUCCCAUGAUAACCGAUGACUUCGUGGUCAGCGGCACCUGCUCGGAGCAGAUGUACGGCAUGUGCGAGUCCCUCUGGGAGCCCGACAUGGAACCCGAUCACCUCUUCGAAACAAUCUCGCAGGCCAUGUUGAAUGCAGUGGACAGAGAUGCCAUAUCUGGAAUGGGUGUGGUAGUACACAUCAUUGAAAAAGACAAGAUCACCACCAGGACCCUGAAAGCUCGCAUGGACUAACCCAGCACAUCUGCGCGUGUGUUUCAUGCCCUGGUCUGCUUGGAACUUUUUUUAAAUAAAACUCUCUAGUGUAGUGAA